GCCACUCAGCGUUUCCCCUUUUAAUUUCAAAUCCACUCCCCUCUCUUCUCUCUCACAGUUGCACUUUCCAUUUUCCUCUCAUUUUGAGCAUUGCAUCCAUCAAUUUUUUUUUUUUAAAAAAAACCCUAGGCUUGUUUUUUUGCUUCAUCCCUAGUUUAGAUCUUACUUUUGAUGGUGGAAAGAUUGUGAGAUUUGACUAAUUAUUGAAGAUUUACUGAUGUGUUUUGUUUGCUGAUACAUCCACAUGGGAGUAUUUGGUUAUUAAAUGAGGAAAUGGAGGUUGAAAAGAGAAGUUCAAAAGGAGGCUUUCUUCAGCUAUUUGAUUGGAAUAUCAAAUCUCGGAAGAAGCUUUUCUCUAACAAGUCUGAACUGCCUGAAAACUCUAAGCAAGGAAAAGAAAAUGCCAAUGGAUCAGCAAAUUUAAGACUUCAGCAGGCUCAUGAGUAUGGUCCUGGUUCGAACUCCACACACAACUAUGAUUUCUAUAGUGCUUCAUCAGUAGCCGAGGAUGGAAGUUAUGGUCAAAAAGCACCUUCGGUUGUUGCACGUCUUAUGGGAUUGGAUUCUUUGCCAACUUCAAAAGAGUCUGAUCCCUAUUUUAACUCAUCCUUUGAUUGUCGCUCGUUCAGAGAUUCUCCAUAUCUAAGCUUUGUAGCUGAUUUCCAGAAUGAACAUCAUGUUAUAGUCGAUGGUAACAUGCGAAAUAAAUUGGAUGGAUUUAAGAAAAACCCUGUUGAAAUGAGGCUGCAGAAGGUGCAGAGCCUUCCCAUCGAAAGGUUUCAAAGUGAGGUAUUGCCUCCAAAAUCAGCUAAACCUGUUUCAGUUACUCACCACAGAUUGUUAUCUCCUAUCAAGAGUCCUGGGUUCAUCCCUCCUAAGAAUGCAGCUUACAUAAUAGAGGCAGCUGCCAAAAUAUAUGAGCAGAGUCCUCGACCCGCGACCAGAGAGAAGGUGCAAUCUUCUGGGUCUUCCUCUGUCCCUUUGAGAAUACGGGACUUGAGAGAUAGAAUGGAGGCUGCUCAGAGACAGUCCAGGAUUUAUGAAGCAUCACACAGGCCAAAGGAACAAAAUUCUGUUAAAAAUGUCAGAAGACAACCCAGAGAAAGAGGUCAGGUUCAAUCAGAUAACACGUGUCAAUUCAGGGCUUCUGAGGUAUCAAGAAGAGAUGUCUCCCAAAAUAAGGGGAAGGAGAAGUCGGUUUCACUAGCAGUUCAGGCAAAGACCAAUGUUCAGAAAAGAGAGGGGAAAGCUAAUAAGAACCCAUUGAGCCAGAAAGAACAGAAUGAGUCUAAAUCUGGUAGGAAGCGGCUUGUAAAAGUUGGGGAAAGGAGAAAUUCGCUCAACAGGCCCUCUGAUGUGCUCAGGCAGAACAACCAGAAGCAGAACUCUGCAUCUAAUAAAGACGGGGAGAGUUCGAAAACUUCAGCUCCCUGCCACAAAGAGAAAAAAGUAUCAUCCACUGGUAACACGUCUAGACCAAGCAAGACUGUAAGUAAAAUUGUUGUAAAUACCACAACUGCUACCGGAACUGCAAGUAUUGUAGGAAAUGGCGUUGGAAAGGACCUUUCAUCCUCUAGGGACUCCAGACUGAGGUCCUCUACUGGAAAGAAACAGCCAGUCAAUGGAGAUGUUGGCUCUGAUAGAUGUGCUGCUGAUAAUAUGAUGAAGAGUAAAGAUGAGAGGUCUAUAAAAUGUAAUUUAACUAUUGAAGGAUGCUCCAAUUGGGAUACAGCUGACAGGAAAAAAGGGAGUGAUGUCGUGUCAUUUACUUUCACCUCACCCAUCAAAAAAUCAACGCAUGGCCCCACUUCAUCAAAUCAUAUUUUGGAAAAGAAUAAUGCCUUGUCUCUAUUUCCAGGUUCUUAUGAUGAUCAGUCUGAUUCAAGAACAUCAACGAUAUCUUCUUUAGGUUCGAAUGCCGUUGGUGGUGAUGAUUUAGGUAUGCUCUUAGAACAAAAGCUUAAAGAAUUAACUUCUAAGGUUGGACCAUCUUGUGAAGAUCUCACCAAAACAGGGACUGCCUCUCGUUCUGCCAAUACUUUUGAAGAUAGUUUGUCCAUAGUAACACAUGGGAAGAGGCUUCAAGUUGAUUUGCUUCAUGAAAAUGCAGAUGACUAUGGUCACUCUUCUGUUGAUGACCUCCGGCCUACUGCAACCCAGAUGUGGCAGGGUCCAAAAAAGGUAGAAAAGCCUAGAACUGCCAGCAGCUUUACGUGUGAAAAAGAGUUUAGUCUCCCCUGCUCUAGCCCGGCCUCAAGUUUGGAACCUUCUAUCUCAGGAGGCAGCUGCAACUCCUUGGAUAGCUACAGAAGUUUAACUACUGAUGGGAGCAAGUAUCAUCCUUCUGAUGGAUCUCAGGAAAUGACGAAUUGGAAGACCUGCAUGAGGAUCAAUUUGGUGGAUGGUGAUGCAGAGUUAUUGGACUCAGCCUCUUCAGUUUCUCUUGCUGACGCAGGUGGAAAGGAUUCAACUACUGCAUCGAUUUCCACAAACUUCGAUGAAUCACCUUACUGGGAGUUUAGAUAUAUUAGAGAUAUAAUUAGAAGUUCGGACUUGGUGCUGGAAGAUUUUAUGCUGGGUGAGGCUCAGAGUAUUAUUGCUCUUGAUCUCUUUGACCAUUUGGAGAAUCAGAAGACUCGAACUAAUAAAAAUGUAGAUGAGCAGUUGAAGAUUAGGAGAAGAGUAUUGUUUGAUUCGGUGGUUGAAUGCCUGGAAUUCAGAUGUAAACAGAGUUGUGGUGGAAGCUUUGAAGCUUGGGCAAAGUGGACAACAUUGGUACAAAGGAAGGAGUGGUUGGCAGAAGAAGUGUACAGAGAGAUUGCUGGCUGGACAAGCAUGGAAGAGUUGAUGGUGGACGAGGUUGUUGACAAGGACAUGAGCACACAACACGGGAAGUGGACCGAUUUUAGCUUUGAAGCCUUCGAAGAGGGCGUAGACAUUGAGAAGGGGAUCCUUUCAUCUUUGAUGGAUGAACUGAUCCAUGACCUAAUGUGAAUGUGUCCUCUUCUGAGGGCUUUAAUCAAUGUGAAAUUUUAUACUUUAGCUUUGCUACUUUACAGCUUCCUUGUGCAUUGUUCUUUUUUGUUUUUCCGCACGAAAGAUGGAAAUCUUAAUUUAAUGAAGAGAUCAGUGGCUCAAGUGAUUGUUUCA